CACAAAGCAUAACCUCCCUGCAGGGCAUGGACUCAGAAGGGCAAGAGAGACCGGAGACCAGGACUCACAGAGACCCUUGACUGGGCCACAGGCAUGAACUAAGAGUGCCGAAGACCCAGGAGAACCACUGGUCAGCUGGGCUGAUGCUAAGACGAGGCAGCGUGUGGCUCGAAGAUUCUUGAACUCACAGCAGCAGCUGCGGCCACCCCAUCCUGCCCACAGCUCCAGCCCUGAGAGGACGAGGAGUAGACUUGACUUUGCCUCUUGCCCAAGGGACCAUGCCCAGGUGCCGGUGGCUCUCCCUGCUCCUCCUCACCAUUCCCCUGACCCUGGUGGCCAGGAAAGACCCAAACAAGAAUGAAACGGGGAUGUUGAGGAAAUUAAAACCCGUCAAUGCCUCAAAUGCCAACGUGAAGCAGUGUCUGUGGUUUGCCAUGCAAGAAUACAACAAAGAGAGCGAGGACAAGUAUGUCUUCCUGGUGGUCAAGACACUGCAAGCCCAGCUGCAGGUCACAAAUCUUCUGGAAUACCUUAUUGAUGUAGAAAUUGCCCGCAGCGAUUGCAGAAAGCCUUUAAGCACUAAUGAAAUCUGCGCCAUUCAAGAAAACGCCAAGCUGAAAAAGAAAUUAAGCUGCAGCUUUUUGGUAGGAGCACUUCCCUGGAAUGGCGAAUUCACUGUGAUGGAGAAAAAGUGUGAAGAUGCCUAAUGGUGUUUUGGGGCAUCCCUCCAACCUCUGCGACUACUUUAUCCAUGAAAAUAAAGCAAUGGCAGGUGGGAGGCUGUUCCCAAUGUGCUUUCUUCAUGCA